AGUUCCACUUCUAAAGUUGAAUACGUGUAAGAAAGAACUUUGAAACACAUUUUGAUUUUCAGCCUAGACUGGUAUAUGAGUACAUGAAUCAUAUAUGUAUAUAUAUAGUUGAAGAAAAAGUCUUUUUCUAUGGACGAAUCACAAAUUCUGAGAUUAAAUGUAGGUGGUUACAUUUACACAACCACAAGAUCCACUCUUGUCAAAUAUCCAGACUCCAUGUUGGGAGUGAUGUUCAAAGGCGAUAUUCCAUCCAAGACAGACCAGGAUGGAAAUUUCUUUAUAGACCGUGAUGGACAAAUGUUCAGAUACAUACUUAAUUUCUGUAGAUCUGGAAAACUAUGUCUGCCACAAAAUUUUUUAGAGUUUGAUUUACUUGAAAAUGAAGCAGAUUUCUUUCAAAUUCAGCCUUUAAUUUCAAGCAUUGCAACAGCUAGACAGCAUGAAAAUAAAGAGAAUUUGGAAGUUCAUUAUGUGGAAAUUGUAGAAGUAAGAACUGGUACUACAGCAACUAUGCCUUCAAAGAAUUCUAGAGUUAAGACAAUUUUGCUCGGAAGAAAAGAAGAUUUACUUGCAUUGCCUUCGAAUAUCAUAGGUGAAGAGGCAGCAGAACGUUUGGAGUGUAAAAACGGAUCAAAUUAUGUGGAACUAGAAAUCUAUGGAAGUAACAUGAGAAUUCAGCUAGCUGACUUUUUAAGUAACAAUGGCUGGAUCAAUGAAAAUUCUGACUUAUCAUCCUCAUCUUGUUUACCAAAGGGAUCAAAUAUUCUAUGUAUCGAACAAAGUUACAGAGACAGAUGGAAGAUAUACAGACAUAUAUGUAGAUAGAUUUUGUUCACAGACUUUGCUACAGUUCUUACAGAAUUACAUGUGUCACCUUUUAUAUAUCUGUAUUUUAAUAUUGUACAUUUUGAUUAACGGUAACAGGAUUUCAAAAAUUGAUUUAAAGAAAUAUAAGAAGAAAUGGAAGAUAAAAUUCAAAGUAUUCUAUAAUAGUAAUGCAAAUUCUUUCAUGCCAUUUUUUAAACCUGUUUUACACUGUACUACAUGUACAUUUUCUGACGAAUCUCAUUGUUUAUUCAUUUUAAGACAUAGGUGCUUUGUGAAUAAUUGUUAAUUAAUAAAUUGUUAAUCAAUAAAUUGUUAAUUAUAAACAUUCUCAAAACCUCAGAAGGUGUUGUAUGCUCCUGCAAUACAAUGGAAAAGAAAUAAUUGUAAGCUGAAAUUUGGUUCUAUUGAAAUGCCCUCAAAGCAUUGAAUGAUAAAUAUAUCUGCUUUGAAACACUAA